GAAAAUUUAACUUCUAACACCGUUAUAUAAACCCUAAGCCAUUCCCCUAAAAAAACUUAUCUCACAAACAGCUAUACCUAACUCUCUAAGUACCAAAAAAUGGCGGGCUACAACCUCGAAGCUAUCGAAGCGGAACCAUUGAAAGAUGAUCUGGAUAUUGUGAUCCCAACCAUCAGGAGCCUUGACUUUCUAGAACAAUGGAGGCCAUUUCUCAAGCAUUACCACUUGAUCAUUGUCCAAGACGGAGACCCUUCUAUCAAGAUCAAAGUUCCGGAGGGUUAUGACUACGAGCUCUACAACCGUGAUGAUAUCAACAGGAUACUUGGUCCUAGAGCUAACUGUAUCUCCUACAAGGAUGGUGGUUGUCGUUGCUUCGGUUUUAUGGUUUCCAAAAAGAAGUAUAUCUACACCAUUGAUGAUGAUUGCUUUGUGGCAAAGGAUCCAAGUGGGAAAGCGAUCAAUGUGAUAGCUCAACACAUAAGGAACCUUGAGACACCUUCAACACCACAUUACUUCAACACUCUCUAUGAUCCUUUUAGAGAUGGAACUGACUUUGUGAGAGGAUAUCCUUUCAGUUUAAGGGAAGGUGUCCAAACGGCUAUCUCCCAUGGGCUUUGGCUCAACAUCCCUGAUUACGAUGCCCCGACCCAACUCGUUAAGCCACGUGAACGCAACGUCAGAUAUGUUGAUGCAGUGAUGACAAUCCCAAAAGGAGUAUUAUACCCAAUGUGUGGCAUGAAUCUUGCUUUCAACAGAGAGCUUAUUGGACCGGCUAUGUACUUUGGCAUUAUGGGUGAAGGUCAGCCCAUUUCCCGGUACGAUGACAUGUGGGCUGGUUGGGCAGCUAAGGUGGUGUGUGACCACUUGGGUUUUGGGGUCAAGACCGGUCUGCCCUAUUUGUGGCACAGUAAAGCUAGUAACCCAUUCGUAAACCUAAAGAAAGAGGACAAGGGACUACACUGGCAAGAAGAUAUGGUUCCUUUCUUCCAAACUCUUCGUCUCUCCAAAGAAUCUGACACUGCCGCUAAAUGCUAUAUGGAGCUCUCAAAGAUGACCAAAGAGAAGCUCACUAAAGUGGAUCCUUACUUUGAAAAAUUGGGAGAUGCAAUGGCGGCUUGGCUUGAGGCGUGGGAGGAGCUUAACCCUCCGGCUGUUGAUGUGAAGGAUGUUAAGACCAAAUAGAGAAGAUGAUGAUGAGUGAUGCUCUUGUUGCUGCAUGAAUAAUUAUGUUGCGAAUUUAUUUUAUCAUCUAUUAUUUUUAUUUAUUUUCGUUUUGGGAGUGUAUCCAUUAAAUAAUGUAAGACCUAUGUGUGAUUGUUGCGUAUACUUUGCUCGACAUGUAUUAAGCGUGAUUGGAAGAAGAAUAAUGUCUUUUACUUUUUAUUACAUGGAUGAAUUCGUUGAUUUAGUUUUAUUUCCAC